CUGUGUUGUCAGCAGUAACCUCGUGGUGUCGUGGAAAUUUGUGUGUGACAUUCUCCAGGUAAUUUAUAAGCGUUUAUAAACUGCAAACAAGAAUAAGUGAAGAAAUGUGUUUCGGAAGUAAAUUAACAUGGUUAUGUUCAUAACAACUAAAUACCUGAGUUGUUUGUGCUUGUUUUUGGCCUGACCGGUAAAAUCGCUACGUGUAUCUAAGUAAAAGAAACGGCUGAGUGUGUGACGUGCUGUCAGGAGCAGUUUGUCUACGAAGUAAUCUCCUCAUAUACUUCGUGGCUAACGAGAAAAGGCCGACAGUGAAAUUCAAAGGUUGUCCAUACUGUAGAACUGAAGCGAUGGACCAGGAGCCAACUAAGUGGAUAAAAAAAGAUGAAACUCAUGAAGUACAAACUGAGUUACACUUCAUAGCCCAAGAUUAUGCAUGCAGCAUGAAUGUAAAAGAAGAGUUGGAGGAGGGUGUGAAUAAAGAGUUUCUUGAAGACCCAUUAAAGGCUGGCGACCCUAGUGUUUGCAUAAAGCAAGACCCCGAACUGAAACACCAUGCUGCUGGAUCUGAGCAUAAUUCGGUUGAAGAUCCAUUGGGAAUAUCUUUGUCCACUGAUUUUAUCAAGGAGGAUCCUGAAUUAAAUAUAACUGAGAAUACUGUGGAAACCUCAACAAGAUGUGCAUCUGAUAGUGCAAGAUUUACUCAGACUACUGGUGGGAGUUGCAGCAUAUCAUGUGAAGAAACUUGUCACCAUAGACUGGUCCAGGAUGAGUUGAUGAUAGACAUGGAGAAGUCAACACAAGGGUUCAGUACCAAUACAGAAGAUGUGACUAUUGAUAAGGAAUGCUCAGUUGCCACCCAAUAUGACUGUAGUACGAGGGAAAAGGAAUUACAUGUAUAUAGCUGUAAUUUCUGCCAACAGAGCUUUUCUUCAAAAUACAGACUCAUAAUGCAUGUGUUUAUGCACAUUGAUGGAACGCAACCACCUUCGUAUGUUUGUAAGUGGUGUGGUGAGGUAUUUCACAGUAAUGUUGGCUUGAAAAAGCAUAUGGCAAUGAGUAAGAAUUGUCAAGUUUUAACUGCUGACAGUCAUGAAAAAUAUGCACAUAGUGAUGAGCAUCAAACCACUACCUCGUUGGAUAGCGAGGCAGAAGUUUCUGUCACAGAACACAAUGACCAGUCUUCAUGUAAGGAAACUUGGAAAGAUUCAAAGAAGCCCUCUAAUGACAUAUGUAACACACAUAUGACAAAUGAUAGAGAGAAAACAAGUAAUUAUGGAACUUUGUCUAUAGCUGUUAAUGUCAGCGCCCAGGCUGAUCUACUUACUGCCAACAGAACUGACAGAUGUGGUAUUUGUGGCAAAUUGUUUGCUAGGUCAGGUGAUCUCGAGAGACAUGUUUCCAUUCAUACUGGGAAAAGACUUCACAAAUGUGAUUUUUGUGAGAAAUGGUUUGCCCAGUCACGUUAUCUAAAGGCUCACACAUUAAUUCACACUGGAAAGAAACCUUACAUGUGCGAGAUUUGUGGGAAAUCUUUUACUAUGUUAGGUGGUCUUAAGAAACAUUCAUUACUUCACACUGGAAAUAAACCUCACAAAUGUGAGAUUUGUGGGAAAUCAUUUACUAUAUUAGGCAAUCUUAACAAACACAUAUUAAUUCACACUGGCAAGAAACCUCACAAAUGUGAGAUGUGUGGGAAAGCUUUUGUGUUUUCAAGCUAUCUGAAGGCACACUCAUUAAUUCACAAUGGAAGGAAACUUCACAAAUGUGAGAUUUGUGGGAAAUCUUUUACUAUAUUAGGUAAUCUGAAGAAACAUUUAUUAAUUCACACUGGAAAUAAACCCCACAAAUGUGAGAUUUGUGGGAAAUCUUUUGCUAGGGCAGAUCAUUGCAAGACACACACAUUAUUUCACAUUGGAAAUAAACGUCACAAAUGUGAGAUUUGUGGGAAAUCUUUUACUAUAUUAGCCAAUCUUAACAAACACUUAUUAAUUCACACUGGAAAGAAACCUCACAAAUGUCAGAUUUGUGGGAAAUCUUUUGCUGCGUCAGGCUAUCUCAAGAAUCAUGUUUUAAUUCACAGUGGAAAGAAACCGCACAAAUGUGAGAUUUGUGGGAAAUCUUUCACUAUGUCAAGCCAUCUCAAGAAACACGUAUUAAUUCACACUGGAAAGAAACCCUACAUGUGCGAGAUUUGUGGGAAAUCUUUUACUAUGUUAGGUGAUCUCAACAAACAUGUAUUAAUUCACACUGGAAAGAAACCUCACAAAUGUGAGAUUUGUGGGAAAUCUUUUACUGUAUUAGGCAAUCUUAACAAACACGUAUUAAUUCACAAUGGAGAGAAACCUCACAAGUGUGAGAUUUGUGGCAAAUCUUUUACUAUGUUAGGUGAUCUCAAGAAACACUCAUUAAUUCAUACUGGAAAUAAACCUCACAAAUGUGAGAUUUGUGGGAAAUCUUUUGCUAGGGCAGAUAAUUGCAAGACACACUCACAAUUUCACACUGGAAGUAAACGUCACAAAUGUGAGAUUUGUGGGAAAUCUUUUACUAUAUUAGGCAAUCUUAACAAACAUUUAUUAAUUCACACUGGAAAGAAACCCCACAAAUGUGAGAUUUGUGGGAAAUCUUUUACUAUGUUAGGUGAUCUCAAGAAACAUGUAUUAAUUCACACUGGAAAGAAACCUCAUAAAUGUGAGAUUUGUGGGAAAUCUUUUACUAUAGUAGGCAAUCUUAACAAACACGUCUUAAUUCACACUGGAGAGAAGCCUCACAAAUGUGAGAUAUGUGGGAAAGCAUUUGCGUUGUCAUGCUAUCUGAAGGAACACAUAUUAAUUCACACUGGAAAGAAACCUUACAUGUGCGAGAUUUGUGGGAAAUCUUUUACUAUGUCAGGUAAUCUCAAGAAACAUUCAUUAAUUCACACUGGAAAGAAACCUCUCAAAUGUGAGAUCUGUGACAAAAGUUUCACUUACUUGGAUACUCUCAAGACACAUGCAUUACUUCACGUCAGAAAGAAAAUGUAAUUAUGUGUUAGUUUACACAAAUAGGUUUUCGUGGUUGGUGCCCUGAAGGCCUAUAAAAUAAUGUAUGUACCAGGGGACAAUAAAUUGUACUUUCGGUGAAAUAACUUUAAAAUCUAGUAGAAUUGUGAAAAAACUUGUAAUGAUGUGUACUAUAGAGUGCUAACAGAUAAUGUGACAAAAAAUUCAUAUAUGUAGCUUCAGAUGCCAUGAAAUCGUAUUACCAAAUACUCAAGAAACAUGAAUCAAAUAUGUUUUUGUCAUUAGCACUGCUGCUUUUUCCUAUUACCUUGUGACAAGAAGAUUGUGAAUUGUGAUAAAUCCUUACAUUUGUCAGUAAUCAUAAGUAUCUUGCAAUAUUCAGUAUAAGGCCAAGGAAAUGUGAUGACUUGCUGCUUAAUAUUCCAAACAAAGUCAUCAUGUAGUACAUGUAACUCUGUAUUUUAGAAACAGUGACUGUAAAAAGCACUUGCUUCAUUGAGGCUAGUAAACUCAAUACUGGAGAAACAUGAUUAUAACAAUUAUUUUACUCAGAUAUGUUUUCGCAAGAGACUUGGUGUGUCAUUAAUAGUGUGUACAUUUGUGUUCUGUUGGUAGUAAUCCUGCAUUAGUAAACGUAACAACAAAUAUAAGAACCUGCUUAAUAGCAUAUUUGGCCACCUUUGGAAUGCAGUAGUUUGAAAAUUCUAAAUGAUAUGGACUUGACACAUCAUUUACAUGUUUCUGGGUGUAUGUUGCACCAGUUGUAUUCCACACGUUUAGAUUAGCUAAAUGGUAUGGUCAAGACAUCAGUGUUAGUUACCAUGCUACUCAGACCAUGCACAUGUGACAUGGACAAUUAUCCUGCUGAAAGAUGCCUCCACUAUGGGAGACCACACCAGGAAUGAAGGAAUCCAUGCAGUUGCAAUAAAUGUCACGUAGUCUGCAACUGUCAUGAUGCCUUCUGUUGCUAACAGGUGUCCCACAGGAGCCAAAGUGA